UUAGCCUUUCUCUUUAACAGAACCUUGCUUCUUAUAUGCAAGUUUUGAAUGCUUCCUCUAGAGGGUUGCACAGAAUGGGAACUGUAUUCAGUUAUCUUCCCAUAUCCAUGGCAACUGAACCUGCUGCAGAUGACUCAAUACUUUCACUGCUAAGGGUUUUCUGGCCCAUCUUGGAGAAAUUUUUUGGCUCUGAGCAUAUGGAGAAUGGGAAUUUAUCCGUAGCAGCUUGCCGAGCUCUUUCACUAGCUGUUCGAUCUUCAGGUCAGCAUUUUGUGACAUUACUGCCCAAGGUGCUGGACUGGCUUUCAAAAAAAUUUGUUUUAUUCCAAAGUCAUGAAUGCUAUAUAAGAACCGGUAGGGAUUUUUUAUGA